AUGCUCCACUCACCUGCUGUUGCCCGUGGUAGCAUACUAUUCCCAAGAGAGAAUAGCGCAGUGCCACGACAAGGGGCGACAGGGGGCAACCCGCAACAGCAACAACGACCACACGCCCACACGCCCACACGCCUGACCGACAUCAACAUUGCACCGACCUUUCCCUUUCCUGUCCUGUUCUGUCCCAGCCAUGCCCAGCAGUCCUUAGUCGGUCCCGUCCUGUGUGUCCAGUCCAGUCCAGUCCCUGAAGUGUCGACCGACAUUGGAGAGUGCAGAUGCAUAUCUCUCCCGCCGACAUCUCGACACCGACGACGACGACUUCGACAAACGACGACCACGGCCACCGAUCGACAACAACAGCACCACCCACCCACCGACGACCCAGGUAAGUCUUCGCCGCCCAACAUCGACAUCGACAUCGACAUCGACAACCGCCCACACGACAAUCCGGACCCUUCCAUUCUUCCCUUCGGCUUCCUCCUUUUCUUCAUCGGGCUGCUUGUCUUUCCCACGCUUUGA